CCUACGUCACGUAGUCCUUCAGAUACGCAGGACGGUUGCGUUGGCGCUGUGGUCGCUGGACUUGAAGGGGUGCGCUCACUUCACUGCCCAGCCGAAUUGCUAAUGGGCAGAAAACUUUCAACUGUGUUAGAGCGUCUGCAUCCUGACCUGCAGUCCAUUGUGCAGCAGAAACAGGAGCAGGUGAUGCAGCGCCGUAACCAGGCAGUGCGACUGUUUGAAGUGGGGGAUCGAGUGUUUGUGCGCAACUAUCUCUAUGGGCCCAAGUGGUUGCCGGGCAUUGUGGAUUCUGUCACUGGACCAGUGUCGUACUUGGUCGUCACCAAGGAUGGACGUCGGUGGAGACGGCAUGUUGACCAACUCAGAAGUCGUUCUGCCAGCUACGCAUUGGACACUGGAAUGUGCGAGGAGGAGGAAUCGUUGGUUGCUUUCCCGGCAGGGUGUUCCGAAAGCGGCAUUCCUUCAAGCCCAGAGGACCCUGGAAGACGGAACCCAAGAGAAGUACCCAGUACCAAACCUGUUUCCUGUGGUGAGGACAGUGAAGUCAGCGCAUCCCGGGACCAGAGAAAAAAACGAGAAGAGGCUGCAACACCCAGUGCCGAACCUGUUUCCUGUGGUGAGGACAGUGAAGUGAGCGCACCCCUUCAAGUCCAGCGACCACGGCGCCAACGCAACCGUCCUGCGUAUCUGAAGGACUACGUGACGUAGGGGGGAGGAGUGUUAUAGCGGGACAAUCUUGGGGCUAAGCAACCCUGUGUUAUCCUGUGUCACGUGACGGCGGCUUCCCGUCAGUCUGUACCCAGCCUCCGGCAAUAAAGGACGUAACAGAGGAGGACUGUAUUAGCCCGGGGAAUCGAAACGCGUGAUCAUCUAAUUUUCUGGCCAAUCCCUUGCAGUGGGCAGGAGCCACAUGCUCGAUAGGAAACAACAUCUCUCUAGAAGGGUUUGUGCUGCCUGCCAAGAAGCAGAACAUCGCCUCAGCUAGCCCUGAAAGGUGUGACCUGGUUGGCCCGAUCGUGGUAGCUGCCUCGUUGCUCUGGAAAAAUCUGAAGCCUCCGCGACAGUCCUGCGAGAGAAUGCUGGCUACCCAGGAGUGACCUCAGACAGUAUUCAAGAGCCUGACAGGGACAUCGACAUGAACGGGUCCGAAGUUGACCUCACCGACCACUGCGUACCAUGCACUGUAGCCGAAAACCAAACAUGCCAGAUCGCCGACAAGCUCUGCACCUGGAACAGGCUCCUUCUGCCAUCCGACUUUGAGCUGCGAGAACAGGCGGACAUGUCUGGCCAGCUGUGCCUAGGGAAUUUUACUGGUAAUGUUCACUUACGUCAGCUGCCACACAACCAGGACGGUCUUCGAUGGUUGCUCAGUACUCAUCACUGCAUUGGUUCCGUCCACCUCAAGCUCUCCAUUGACAUACACCCAGACUUCUGGUUACUGGACGCUCUUCGUCAUAGUUCCGGGAUCAAGACCGUGAAACUGUAUAUCCAGGGACGGAAAGCAUUAAAUGCCGUUUCUGCAUUGAUACCCAGCUUGACAAACAUAAAAACACUUCACUGCGAGGCCUGGUCUUUGUGCGAGCAUUCCUCGGAAGGAUUUGUGCAGCACUGUCGGUGCUUCAGCGCGCUUCAUCGUCUCUGGAGAGCCUACAUCUAAACAGCUUUUCGAUACAAGGACCGGCCGCGGAGACUUUCGUCAGAGAAUUUUUAAACAAAUCCGCGCUCACAGAACUAUAUUUGCAGUGUUGCGAAUUCGAAUGCGAGUCAUACCCUCGCGCCUUAGGCGAAUACCUUGGCAUGACUACGUCUCUAAAUGCAGUGACCCUUGACAGGGUGGUGAAUAACGUAAGCCAAACGGCAAUUCUUGAAGGCUUGCUGAAAAACAGGAGCAUCGAGAGGGUGUCCAUCCGCGUGUUCACCGGAGACGAUCGCGGAGUUGGUUGCCGGGGUGAUCAGCAAGAAUCGGGUAAUACGCAACUUGACCUUAUCGACCUUCGCCGUACGCGUGCCUGAGCUGCACGACGUUUACGACCGCUGGCUCCACGCAGUCAUUCAAAAUGAUACGCUGGAAGAAGUGGGCCUUCCACUGCAGGUAUUCCUCCCAUCACAAUGGGCCACAUUUAUCAUGGCGCUGCCGCAAAAAGGAAAUAUAAAAAAGGUCCACAUCGAUGCAGGGUUUGACGGUGAACUGCUACGGCCAGUCUGCUCGAUGCUCACGGCAACUGACUCGUACAAAAGAGUCUCCAUCAGAGCCUACCCCUCUAGAGCCCACGUGGACUUGAUACGCUGCAAAGCAUUGCGCGUAAUGCAUUUUUCCCCGUGUGAACCCGACGACGUUUUGGGUGUCGCUUUGCAUCUACUUCCAAGCUGUGAGCACGUGACAGUGUUGAGCAUCCGCGUAGACAUCGGCAACGGGAGGCUCUUUUUGCCACUGGCCGAAUAUUUAAAUUACACGUGCGUGCUGCGAGAGCUCACCUUGGUUGUUUCGUAUGACGUCCACCAGGUCGAGGCCCACGGCGCCAAUCCGUGGUGGUCGGUCGUGCGAGAAUCCCUGUCUCGAAACAAGAGCUUGAGGAAGCUGACGCUUUGUAAUCAAUGCCUGCCGACUCGAGACAUGGAGGGCUUGGCGGACGCACUUAAAGGAAGCCGGAGCAUCAGGUCGGUCUUCCUUGCGUACGAGACCGCGGGAGACACCACCGCCUUUGUGCGACGACUGUCCAAGGGCAUUGCGGACAACUGCACGUUGCUGGAAGUGCCUUGCUGGGCUCACGUGGAGGCCGAUGCCGCAGGUGAUUGGCUGGCUGUCAGAGAGACGACGCUGCGAAACUCGGGUCUGGUCGCACGAGCUGCUCGAAUAAAGAAGGCUUCAGAUUACGACAGGUACGUCACCGCAGCCCUGGAACGGGUUUCCCGGUAUCCUGCCCUACUGGACGAGGUUGCCAUGGAGGCCCGUAUCGACAAAGCAGAGCUCACGGUCUUGAUGCGAGACCGCCUGAAAAAAACCGAAAGCAUGGACGGAUUUAUGGGGGCCGCCGGAGUGGUCAGGCAGCGAGUCAUUUGCCAUCCAUCGCCGAGCGACGACCGUAUGCAGCUGGAUGACCUGAUCGAGGACUGCUGGAGGCACGUGCGACGAUACCUUGUGAUUGACGAUGUGAAGGACAGCAUUUGCAGGAUCUAAAACAUCUGGGCCGUGAAACACUUUGUCAGGGACCCAGAGAACCUGAGCUUGCUGUAACCACUGACAAAAGUAGUAUUCAGCACCCCGUGUAUGAAUAUUGUCGAUUAAAAAAAUAUUUCUAUUAGAAUAGACAGGCAGGCACGAACUAAAUGUAGCAGUGAUCCGACUGAUUUUCCCCUUUGCUAAGGGUAUGGUACAGAUUCCAUAGCAAGUGUGCAUUUGAAACAAAUACAAGGUUUCAGAAAUAACAAAGCUGGAACACUUUUCUGCUGUUGUGGAGUUCAUUUUGCAUAAUUGCCAAGACUUCGGAGAUUGCGUUUCUGCACUUAGUUGCCGCGACAAAGCUAAGCAUGUUUCCAGCCUUUAAGGUCGCUUCGCGUGGAUGUCAUAUCAGAACUGCCUGUCCCCCGAAGGUUCUGGUACAGCAACGGGGCCACAAAGCACUUUCUCUGUCCGCCGCUGAGUGGACCAGAAGAUGACAACACAUGUCAGCGCAGACAGUGGGGGUAGGGGUUCGGAAUAGGCCACUCGGACGGCGAAACAUAGCAUGAUAAACGCUUGUGCUUCUGACAACCAACCUUUUGCUGGCAGGUCUUGCCGCAGAUCCCAACUUGCCCAUACUAUCUUUGUUGUUCACAAAGUUUCCGGUUUACACUCCG